GCGAAGCCAUGAUAUGUCGUGACGUUUUCACGUUCUGUUGCUAUACCAACGAAUCGAAGAGUCUCUGUCAGGUCAGCGGAUACCUUCACAAGGAAACAAAUAUGGCGGGCGACAACAGAGGGAAGACGGUUAUGGAGCUGUCAUCCUUACCUCUUCAAAUAUUUCUCUUUCUGAACAUUUGGUAUGCUAUGGUAUUUUGUGUUGCAGAACUUUUGCUCUAUGUUUAUAAAGGUACGUUUACAGAGGUACUAACUAGAGUAGCAGGACUUCUCUUCUUAACCUUUAGUUUAAGGAUAGAGGUGGUACUGGUCAGUGUUGCCUUGGCAUUUCUUGGUUUUGAGAUGAUUUUCAGUUUUGCUGCCAUUUUCACUUUCAAGAGACACCAAACUAUGCUGAGGUGAUGUUUGCAGUUUUUCCAACAACGAGUUGACAAAGUCAAGAAAACAUGUACGUAGGACUUAGAACUUCAUCAGUGAUCAAGGUGUUUAAUUUUUUGCGUGGCGCCCUCAUUUUACAAAUUACAUUUGACUUAUGAAUUGUAGCCCUUAGCUACUGUGUUGCGUAUCUAUGCGUUUGACCCCAAGAGUGACCAGCAUCUAAUUUCUCCUUACAAUAUCAUCUCUAAAUCGAACAGGAAGGUCAAGAGAAUGGAGGAAAUGAUCACUAACUAAAAUAGGUCUGAUUUCUAAACAAAUUCUCCUCGUCAGCGCCUAAAGAAAUGUGUAGAGAAUAUUAUGGAGAAUAUGCAUGUCUAUUUUAGGGUGUAAAGAGUUAAACUGCGGCUAGCUGCUGCUGUGGUGCAGAAAAAAACAUGAGCAAAGCGGCUUUAGAAAAUUCGCGUUAAUUUAGGACGCGUAAAUUUAUGUUAGCUUUAUUUCCGUGUCAUGAACUGUCUCUACAAUUUUCGAUAACUUUAUUUCCUUUAUUUUCAUUUCACCUCACAUUUACGAUACUUUUUGGUAAGUUUUGAGGACUAAGUUAUUUAUAUCGCGUACCGCACUUUCACUAAGUUACCCUUGAAAAAAGGCUCGAAGUGGCGAGAUUUCUUCAUGUUAAGGGACAUUCCAUGAACUUUAACUGAAUUGCAGAUUUGUUAGUAAAGUGUGUAAAUAAAUUUGUCUCUGUUUUA